AUGAGCUACGCGUUCCGUCGCGUAUGCCUGCAAUUGCCUACCAGCUUCAGCCCCAAGCAUGGUCCUCUGCGUCAAGCUUUCCGCCCAGCCGGACUCGGCAUUGGCACCCAGGCCCCGGGGACAGGACGCACGUUCCGUCUCUCUGCAAAUCUGCGGGACGAUAUCGAUGAUGCCAAGGCCAAGAAGGCGAGCCAACAUGACAUGUACAAGGAGGAGGAAAAGGAGAAGUUCGAGCGGGACGAGCUGAUCGCCCUGAGGAAACAAGAGGAGAGGCCAUGGCACCGUGCUGGUGACGAGGUCGAGCAGCGAGAAUCGUCCAAAGAUCCUACCAACGGUGACAAGACACGAGGACGGCUACUCACGACACCGACGCGGUUGUUGAAGCUCAUCCUGCCGCUACCUUUUCACGCAGAGCAAUCACGGAUCACACAGACACCCAAGAAAAAUGACGAAAGGGACGAGAUUGCACCCCUUGCUCUUCUUGUCCACCCUCAACAGCCGCUAUCCUACCUCGAACGGCUGCUUCAAGCCGAAAUCCCACCCAUUGAUGAUGGUCGCCGAGAACGGAUUCCGAAGAUAUACUUCCGAGCAGAGGCGGACCACCAGGAGGCCAAGCCAGACAAGCGAGCAUCGCAGGAGCAGGAGGGCAACGUAGCCUCAUACUCUGGCCUCGGCCACGAGGGCCCCAAGAAGGACCGUGACGACACGAAUUGGGUGCGAUGGAGCAGCAGCACCGAGGUUGGCGACUUCAUCAGGGACGCCGCUCGCGGACGGGAGUUCUCGAUCGGAAUCGAAGGGUACAACCAGGAGCUGCGCGUCGCGGUGCCGAGUUUCAAUGACAGAACAUACUAUAUGCGCAUCCGGCUACGCAGGAUGUCUCGCCGUGUUGAGGAGUUGGCCAAAAUCAAACAAGAAUGCGACUACCUUGCGCAUCGUGGAGCUCAUCGUCUCGCACAGGGUGGGUUUGCCCUGCUGUCCGGCUGGUGGGGAGUGGUGUAUUAUGUCACCUUCCACACCGACUUUGGCUGGGACCUCGUCGAGCCGGUGACGUACCUCGCCGGACUGACCACCAUCAUGGGUGGUUAUCUCUGGUUCCUGUACAUCAGCAAGGAUCUCAGCUACAAGGCGGCGCUGAACAUUACCGUCUCCAAACGGCAGCAGGCGCUGUAUCAGGAGCGAGGAUUCGAUCCUGCGGGGUGGGAGGCACUUGUUCACGAAGCCAACUCGCUGCGCCGCGAGAUUAGGUUCGUGGCGACCGAGUACGACGUCGACUGGGACGAGACCAGGGACCUCGGCGGCGAAGAGGUCCAGGAAGUGCUCGACAAAGAGAAGAAGGGCUCAAGACGCAGACACGACGAAGAGGAUGAAGCCGACGAGGAUGAACGCGUACAACACAAGCGCAAGGACGACAAGAAGGCGUCCAAGCAGUCGGAAGAAAGCGGUGAGAGCAAGAAGGCAUCAUAG